GAAGAAGAAAAGAGCGAGCGAAACAUGAGAGCCCGAGUGAGCUCCAGCUCCCGACGGCAGCAGCAGAAAAGGAGGCAUCCUCCAAACCGGGCUGUCCUCUUCCUCCUCUUCCAGCCUCUUUUCUAUGGGACCAAGAGCCGGGCGCGCUUCUCGCCUCCAGCUUUGCCUGCUUCUCCUCUCCUUCCCUCGUUGCCUCCUCUUUGGACGUGGGGCUCGUGAUUGAGAGACAGAGAGAGCAAGCAAGCAAGCCUCUCUCUCCUUCAGCAUCUCUCCUGGACCCUUCUCUUAUUAUUAUUUUUAUUUUUAUUUUUGCGCACGUGCGUUUUCCCCUUCCGUCCCCAAAAGCUCCCUCCUUGACACACUCGUCCCCCCUUUUUACAUUUUUAUCCUCUCCCUCUUGGAAGUUUGGAAGAAGAAGAAGAGCCGGUGCUUGGAUUGAUCGCCUUUGGGAUUGUGGCGCCGAGGCGGAGCAUGAUCGGGCUGAAGAUGCUCCCGCUGAAGCUGCUCCUGGUGGCCCUGCUGCUCUGCUUCUUCGAAGGCGAGGCCAAGUUCGGCGAGAGCGGGGCCAGGAAGCGGCGCUGCUUGAACGGGAGCCCGCCGCGGCGCCUCAAGAAGCGGGACCGGAGGCUGAUGCUCCUGGAGCCGCCGCAGCCCAGCGAGCUGCUCUGCCGGAGCCUCUACCCGCGCCUCUCCUGCUGCCCCAGGGCCGAGGGACCCGCCUCCCUCCAGAUCGAGAACAACAAGAUCUUUUCUGUUACCAACAACACAGAGUGUGUGAAGCUGCUGCAGGAAAUCAAAUGUGCACACUGCUCACCAAAUGCUCAUAGCCUGUUCCACACAACGGAGAAAGAAGCAUUGGAAAGAGAAUUAGCCCUUCCUUUCCUGUGUAAGGAUUAUUGUAAAGAAUUCUAUUACACUUGCAGAGGUCACCUACCAGGUUUCCUUCAAACUACAGCAGAUGACUUUUGUUUCUACUACACAAGAAAAGAUGGUGGAUUGUGCUUUCCAGAUUUUCCAAGAAAGCAAAUUCGAGGACCAGCUUCUAACUAUUUGGACCAGAUGGAAGAAUAUGGCAAAGGAGAAGAUAUCACCAGGAAACACAAACACAACUGCUUGUGCCUUCAUGAAGUUGUAAGUGGCAUGAGACAACCUGUUGGAGCAAUGCAUUCUGGAGAUGGAUCACAAAGACUCUUCAUCCUUGAGAAGGAGGGAUAUGUAAAGAUUUUCACACCUGAAGGGGAAAUAAUCAAGGAACCAUUUCUGGAUAUACACAAACUUGUUCAAAGUGGAAUAAAGGGUGGAGAUGAAAGAGGUCUCUUAAGCCUUGCAUUCCAUCCCAAUUACAAAAAAACCGGAAAGCUUUAUGUGUCCUAUACCACCAACCAAGAGCGAUGGGCCAUUGGCCCACAUGACCAUAUUCUUAGAGUCGUAGAAUAUACCGUUUCCAGGAAAAAUCCACAUCAAGUUGAUACAAGAACAGCAAGAGGUUUUCUAGAAGUUGCAGAGUUACAUAGAAAACAUCUUGGAGGACAACUGCUAUUUGGCCCUGAUGGAUUUUUAUACAUAUUCCUUGGUGAUGGGAUGAUCACAAUAGAUGAUAUGGAGGAGAUGGACGGUCUAAGUGAUUUCACAGGUUCUGUGUUGCGCCUGGAUGUUGACACUGAUUUCUGCCAUGUGCCUUAUUCCAUACCACGAAGCAACCCACAUUUUAACAGCACCAAUCAACCCCCUGAAAUUUUUGCCCAUGGACUCCACAAUCCAGGCAGGUGUGCUGUGGAUCGCCACCCAACUGAUGUCAACAUCAAUUUAACAAUACUUUGUUCAGACUCUAAUGGGAAGAACAGAUCUUCUGCAAGAAUACUUCAGAUAAUUAAAGGGAAAGAUUAUGAGAGUGAGCCUUCACUUUUGGAAUUCAAGCCAUUCAGUAGUGGGCCACUGGUUGGUGGAUUCGUAUACCGAGGCUGCCAGUCUGAAAGACUAUAUGGAAGUUACAUAUUUGGAGAUCGCAAUGGAAAUUUUUUAACACUGCAGCAGAGUCCCAUGACCAAACAGUGGCAAGAGAAACCACUAUGUCUGGGCAACAGUGGUUCAUGCAGAGGUUCCUUUUCAGGACAUAUUUUGGGAUUUGGUGAAGAUGAAUUAGGUGAGGUUUAUAUCUUAGCUAGUACUAAAAGCAUGACACAAUCGCACAGCGGAAAACUCUACAAAAUUGUUGACCCAAAAAGACCUUUAGUCCCAGAAGAAUGCAAAAGAACAGCUCUUCCUGCACAGAUAUUGACAUCUGAAUGCUCAAGGCAUUGUCGAAAUGGGCACUGCACUCCCACUGGAAAAUGCUGCUGUAAUCAAGGCUGGGAAGGGGAGUUCUGCAGAACUGCAAAAUGUGAUCCAGCCUGUCGACAUGGAGGUGUCUGCAUACGACCAAACAAGUGCUUGUGUAAAAAAGGCUAUCUUGGUGUUCAGUGUGAACAAGUGGAUAGAAACAUCCGAAGAGUGACAAGGGCAGAAAAGUCUUCCCACACAGAGAGAAGGGAAGAGCAAGUGUGCCCUUCGUCCCACAGUUCAUCAAACACCUGUUCCUUUGCCAAUAGUGUGCAAUGUUUUAAGCAAUGUAGCUUGACAUUUUAACCAAACAUUCCCAUACCUUCUGCAAAGGGAAUGCCUAUAAAGUGAAUUCUUCAGUCACUGAGUAAGAUCACUCAAUUUCAUAAAUUUUAGUACAGCUGUAGGUUGUAAGAAAAAAUGAGAAACACAACCUGUUCUUGUCCAAAUGAAGAUGUUAUAGAAAGAGCAAAAGGAUACAUGGUCUACACUUGGCAUCCACCUAUGAUUACUCUUGGGUUUCAAAUGACCUCCUGACAAAUGGAAAUUGGUUGAGAAAUCUUGGUCGAGUGCUUAGUGAACAAUGGUCUGCAUUAAAAAGUGCAUGCAUAAUUUUGCACAAUGUAGAUCCAACUGACACUCUAUUCAGAAAGGGUUCAGGAUUAAAUGAGCAUGGAGAACCAAAUUACCCUCUUGCCCAAGAAAAGGGUGGUCUCUUGCAAUCCUACUAGCACCUCAUUGGCUAAGCAGUGUGACAAAUCUCGCAAUGAACCUUGCAAUAGUCUGCAUCUGUAGGUUAAUAGCAGCCUUUUGUCUCCAUUGCUUUCUCCCUAUAGUCCUGUUACUGAAUCACAUCACAAAAAGUUUUACAAUUUUAAAAAAAUGUCCUGGCAACCAUUUUUGUACACUGACCUUACCAUCUAAGCUUCUCCUGUUCAACGUGGGGGUGACAUUAACAAAAUGUGAACCUCUAGAGAAUAAGACAGCUGUCUAAAUCUGUCAAAUAGUACCAUUUUACAGCACAUAGUACUGUUCAUAGCUUUGGCAAAAUAAGAAUAAAAUUACCGCAACAUUUACAAGCAACUCACAUGUAGAAUUUCAAAUAGCUGGUAUUCCCUUGCAAGCCUGGGGAAUGGAGCAGAUGGGAAGGGCAUUUAUUUCCAAGUGAACACAAGGUUGUAUGUUUCAAGCAAAUAUUUUCAAUCCCUACAUUUUUCAAUCAAUUUAAAUAAUGCACAGUUUAUCGUGGUAAUAAGAACCUCACACAUCAUCUUACAAGGUUAAAGCUAAGACAUGUUGAUUCAGCAUAAGCACAGGGAUACUGUAUUAUCACUGCCUUUAGAGGUGAUUUGUUUAAAGGUUUAAAUUGCAAUGCUAUGUUAAAUUAAUGCGACAUACCCCUGAGUAGAGAUAAAUAGGAUUGCACAUUUGGUGGAAUAUACUAUAUAUUAAGUAAAACAUUUUUAAAUUAUUUGAGUGACAACAUUAUUGCUAAUAAAAGUUCAAAGAACGAGACCCUAAAAAUAAAGUUACAAUAAAUCAUUUAUUUCCAGUCAAAAUAUGAAGUUGACACAUCAGUUAGUUUAUAUGGUAAAACAAACCAAAAUCACACAAGAACCAAAAGAUAUUUGUCCUUGGGUUCAGAUUUUUGUCCUUCUGUUCUGGUUUACAGUUCUAAUAAGGUUAUUAUGAAAUCUUGUUAUUAUUUCCACAGCAAUUUAUUUUGGAAUGAGAAAAGAAGACAUCUUUCAGGUUUUCCUACUCUCAAAUAUAACCCCCCCCCCAAAUGUUUAUAUUUACUUUAUAAAUUGAAUUGACUGCAAUAAUUUAUACACUGUGUUUUAAGAAUGCAAAUAAUAAUGACACAGUCAUCUUCCUCUCUCAUGAUAAAUAUGGUGCUAUUAAAUAGCUAUACAGGCCAUUUACCAAUCUUUCGGAUCAUUUUGUGUGUCAGUGUGCUAGCAAAAGUGCAAUGAUCAACUGCAGCAGUCAAAUAUACGUGAAAUGUAUGGAAGCAGGGAGAAUCAGGUCAUAAUGGCUUCUAGAAUUAAAGAUGGAAGCAUUUUCAAUGUCAGCAUCUCUAUUUCCAUUAAUUUCAUUGAUUUAUGACUGCUCAAACCUAGAGCGAGUUCUACCAUUAAAUUGAUGAGACAGCAAAUGUGGUCUAGCAGCACUGAGAGAUCCCAAUCUGUUUCUCCUAAAUCUCAGAGGUAAGUCUUUUCUGUCUCUAGGAAAACACAGAAGUGUGUAUCAUACUAUCCGACAAGAUACCCCCAACUCUCCUGCUGUCUUCAAGUAUGGAAUAGGAGUCUGAGCCAUUGCUAUUGUUUCAACUACCAAUCCAUUAUGUGGAUAUGAAAUAGAAAGGGACACCUUUUUAUCUUUUGCUUCAGGAUACAAAAUAGCUUUGGCAGGCCCUGUUCAAAGUUUAAUCAACUACUAUAUCUGUCAUUAUUAAGGGUUGCUCAAUCACAUAGUAUGCAGGCCCCAUGUUUAUCUGCCUCUGUCAAAGCCGGACGGGAAAAAGCAGGAUUUUUCAUAACGGCGGGUUAGUCAAUCAUCAUUCCUGUGUUGCAUCACAUUCUGGUAGUCAUUCCAUUCCCGUCAGAUUGUUUGUAUAUUUUUAAUACCAGCCUACCCAGUGAAGCAAACAUAAAGAAGUUUGCAUCACCAGAAUCCCAUUCUGGCCCACUUACAAUUGGUAAUUAUAGAAUAGAGCUAGACAAAUAGCAAUUCUAGGGUCUCAUGCAAUUUCAACCUAAUUGGGUGUAGCCCUCUAUUUAGCUCUGAGGCAAUAGCAAUCAGUCACUCUCUCGUGCAAAGAGGUUCCUCUAGAGCUGCUAUAGAGGUGAUAGAAUGUCAUCAUGAACAAGGAGAAUUGUCUAAGGCUUUCAUGGUCAGAAUCACUGGGUUGCUGUGAGUCUUUUGGGCUAUAUGGCAAUUUUCCAGAAGCUUUCUCUUCUGAUGUUUUGCCCACAUCUGUGGCAGGCAAUCUCAGAGGUUGUGAGAUUUGGGUGAAAUGUCAGAAGAGAAAGCUUUUAGAACAUGGCCAUACAACCCGAAAGACUCAUAGCAACUAGAAUUGUCAUGAACUAAAAAAAAAAAAUGCUAGUAUUUAAUUAAUAUUUGAAAAAUAGCUAGAGUUCCCUUGGUAUGCAAUAAGGAAACAGCAAGUACAGUUUCAUGUGUUCUGAGGUUCAGCCCUUUAGCCUUUUAAGCUUAAAUCUAUUUUUUAAAUUCACUAUUGAAACUUUAAAAGAAAGUAUAGACAAAACUAAGAUAUCCUAAUAUCUGUACAGUGGAGCCCCCAGUGGCACAAUGGGUUAAAUUCUUGUGCCAGCAGGACUGCUGAUCAAAAGACUGGCAGUUCGAAUCUGGGAGAGGGGUGAGCUCCCAUCUGUCAGCUCCAGCUUCUCAUGCAGGGACAUGAGAGAAACCUCCCACAGGAUGGGAUAUCCCCUGGGCAACAUCCUUGCAGACAGCCUAUUCUCUUACACCAGAAGCAACUUGCAGUUUCUCAAGUCACUCCUGAGAUGAAAAAAAAUCUGUACAGUCAUAUACAGUAGGUCCAUGUAUUAUGUGAGGGAUUUGUUUGAGCAAUAUGAUCUUUGUGUAAAUUCUGGAACCCUUUUUCCGGGAAGAGAAUUUGCCAGUUUCGUUUGGGUAUGCCAGUAUGUUGCCGAGAGUUGAAAAUGCUGUACAUACAGUCAAAAUACUCUUUUGCCUGCAGAGAGGGGAGUAACUGAAGGGAAGAUUCACAUGUUGGGGUGCGGCUUACCUGUGCUGAGCUCUCAAAAACAGCUUCUUCUCCAGGUGCCAUAUCUGGCGGGAAUACAGCCAUACUUCUUGCUCUGCCAAGAACAAGGUUUCUCUCCUUUCUCUUUUGAGAGAAGCACAGCUAGGUCUCUGUUAACUCUUCCAGGAGAGGAAGGAGAUGAACCAUUUCCUCUGCUGAGAGAAUCACGCUUGGGCUAUCCACUUGAUUCAGCACCCAAAUGAAGUGCUUUUGGGAAUUUGGCACAAGCAUUCUUGUCCCCUGCUGCUCUCGCCUUUAUCCAUGGAAGGGUUCCUCACAUACAACUGAAACCGUGUAACAUGAAUUCACAUAAUAUGUGGGCCUACUAUCUAGAUAUAUACGACAUUUGUAAAUUAAUAAUUUUAAUGAAUAUCUAAAAAACAAAGAAAAUAAACAUGCACCCACUCCUCAAUGGAAUAAAAAGAGACAACAUAAAUUCAUUUUGGUUCUAACUCUUCAAUCCUCAUUCAACAAAAUUUGCCUUAAUGUGAUAAUUUGCAGGAUUAUAUUUACAAGAAGUAAAGAGUUUUAUUAUUUAAAAGUUUAACUUUUUAAAGUAACAUACUAUCCUUAAACUUUUUUCAAAUCACACGUGUGCAGAAAUCUUCAUUCUACACAUUGCAUGUUGUCAUUGCACUGCUCGUACUAUAUAUAGGCAUUUUACCAUUAUACAAAGAUGGGAGGAAUUUGAUUCAACAAAGAAUAAAGUGCCAUAUACAAAGUCUUGCUUUUUGAUGCUGCACAAUAAAAUCUACCUAUUGUUAAUUAAUGUAACUUAACAUAUUACUUAUUUGUAUGUUUUCCUGCAACUUUCCAUGCAUUGUCUAUUUUAUUAUAUAUUGACAAUAAAAAAAUCUACUUUUUAA